AUGGCCAAGUUGGAGGUUGUGGGUUCGAGUCCCCCCGCGACCAAAAAUUGGGUUGGUCGGUGUCGUAUGGCUUGCGGAUCGCUAACGUUAGAAGUCUAUCACACCAAUAUGGCUGCGCAAAUUGUGACGUGGAUCGGGUUAACCCGUGGCUCCAAAUGGUCGCAUUAG